GCACGAACGGAGUACUCCGUACUAUGCACAGAAUACAUUAAGUUGGUCAUACGGGGCCGGCAUCGUCUAGGGAUCAAUCUUCCUUAUAACUCACGGGGGCUAGGAUCUACCCAGGGUUUCCUCCGCCGAACGGCCGGAGAUGUCUGAACGGCCUCGUAAUCCCUGCUUCUAAGGUGUAUAACUAGAUAUCGCCCUCGUGGCUGCUGACAUUCCCAGCUACGGCCGGUUGGAUCAUCCCACAUGGAACAAAUACGCAUUGGCGCCACAGUUGGCAAGGCAGUGGCCGCAGGAGUAUGGGGUGGCCUUGCUACUCAAUUCCGAGCUCCAGAGGAUGGAGAGGUUACGGGCUUCAAGCAUGUCGCCAUCACCUUUGCUCGUACGCUUUUUGAGGGACUGACAAUUCAACAGACCCAGGCUAUCCUUCCCCCUCAGUCCGCCCGGCAGAGCUACGAGGCCCAUGUGCGCCAACAUGACAGGCUGCCGGAAGUGAUCACCUUGGCUGAUGGAACUGUCGCCGUCUGGCUGGGGAAUCGUCAUGCUGAGAGGACGAUUCUCUACUUCCCCGGAGGUGGGUACUGCAUUCCCGCCCUCUCCGGACACUUCAGCCUGCUCGAAGCCAUCGCAGAACAUCUCAAGAAUGACGGGCAGGAGAUCGGCGUGCUCGUUCUGCUCUAUGAUCUUGCCCCUGCCGCUCCGUAUCCCCGGCAGCUGCAGCAGGCAGUCGAGGUCCUUCGCUAUGCUGUCCAGUCACUCGACAAACGACCCUCCAACCUCGUCAUCCAGGGGGACUCUUCCGGAGCGCACCUCGUGCUCUCGCUGCUCUCGCACCUGGCGCAUCCCCAUCCGUCUGUUCCAGCACUGCAGUUAGGUGAAAAUAUUGCCGGUGCAUUAUUGCUAUCUCCUUGGAUCGACUUCCGCACCGACUCUGAGAGCUUCCGGCGUAACAAGCACAAAGACGUACUCUCCCCUAAGCCCUUGAUGCAGUGGUCUCAAGCUUUUAUCGACGGCGCCGAUCCCGAUCCAUAUAUUCAUCCCACAUUUGCUGAGCCAGGCUGGUGGCGUCAGCUCCCCGUCGAGAAGAUCUUUAUCGCUGCAGGGGAGAACGAGGUGCUGCUGGACUCAAUUGUGGAGAUGGCCCAGAGAAUAAUGGAGGAGCAUCCUGACGUCACCCUUAGCCGGGUGCCUGGUGAAUUUCACGUGGAACCGAUCACCGACUUUGACUGGAAAUAUCCGCCUGGGGAGCAGUUCCAGGCGAUGGUCCGGUGGUUGGGAGAGACCAUUACUCAGAACUAACUCCCUGCAUCCACCAUGGGUGCUGGUGAGGUGCAACAUGUGUGUAUUUUUGAAUAUUUGAUCGUGUGAUUCCUACCCGGAAGGCCUUAUCCUACAUACAGCAAUGGAGGGAAUGAGGUGCUUGAGGCGCUCUCCCAACAGUGGAAAAGGACCGGGGAUCGAUUGGCGCCACGCCUUUUCCUGGGCCUAGAAGCUUGACACAGCAAAGCCGAAGCUGUCAGCAUGUUGUAUAUACAUACAAUAUCCCCUAGAAUCGUGUCUAUAAACAAAGUUGCCUCUCGACCGGUAUGUGUCUCAAAGCUGGUAAACCCUGCGGAGGGGUUGUAUCAUACCGUUACUAGUGUUCUAGCACAAGAUAUCAAACGAGAAGCGAGAACCGGAGACUACGUGGUGUGGAUAUAAGACCUAAUGAUAUUCUAGUCAUUAUAGAUAAAGCAGUUAGCCUGAUUACUAAGUUAUCGUAGCAGAAGCCAAUCGACGAUGUAAGAC